CCGGCAGUGCGCGUGCGCAUGGGCGGAUCGCGUUAUCGGGAAGACGUAACGGGUAGGUGAGCUCGCGAGGUGUUGUAUGUGCUGCUGUAAUCAAAGGAACAGGCGAUGGGCAAUGCUAAGUACUCUAAAGCACUCGUCAGUCUGACACCUCGCCCUAUGUGGUUAUACAAAUGGAGACAUCCGCAACUUCAGCAGCGGAGUAUCGCUCGGUCCGCCAUCUGACAGCCCCCAUCGGUACCGCAAUCUCCGCAGAUAUCCUGAUAGGAAGUGAUUGCUGGGUCGCUGUGCCCUGCGCUAAGCCUGAGCAUGGUUGGCUUGCGUCGCAUUGGGUCAUAGUCGUCUAUAUUAACAUCAUCCCGUCUUUGCCAAGUCACUCGCUUGCACCUUUACGGAAGCGCCUGCGGAAGCGGUGCGGAAGCGCCGACGGAAAGGAUCGAAUGUGAGUAUAAUACGGUAAAUACCGGUUUUGUAAGACGGAAGAUGACGGCUCUUGGCCGCGCUGACAUGAGAAUUCUCAUUGUUUCUAUUGUCUACUCACUGUUAGAAAAUGUAUUGACUGC